GACAUUAGCAGCUUACCUUAACAUGCUGAUGCCAAAUUGCUGUUCCCCAUUAGCAGCUUUACCAUAACAUGUGGUUGAGGCUUCAACUUAGUACUAUAAAACCCAUUCAUAAGACACAACACAAUGCAAUGUACUACCAUUUAGAAAACUCCUAAAUAAACACAAAAUAAAAAAAACAUUCUCUUUUCUCCCAUUUCCCUUCUCACCUUUUCUUCUAUUUCCUGUCAUAUCCCUCUUAAUUUUUCAUUUUUUUUUAUCAGCUUCUGCUUUUAAUAAAUGUGCUGUUCUGUUUCUCUUUUCAUAUUUUGACUUUUCACACAAGUCUUGUUUUCAUUUCCAUUUCUAAAGAAACAUGCAUAGCUAUAUGAAAAGCUAAAAAAAUUUGCUUGUUAAUUUUUGAGAUCUACUAUAACAUUGUUUUGCUUGGAACAGAAGCAAAACAUAACAAUUUUUACCAAAAACAAAUAUUCUUGUUCCUUUAAACCCUUUUGGAUCUAGUAGUUCUCAACCAUUGUUUCAUAUCUUUGUCUUCUUGAGUUCUUGUCUUUCUUUACAUUCUUCUAUCAAACAAAACUACUACUUUGAAAUGGAUCAUUUUUCUUCUACUACUACUUCUACUAUCCCUUUUGCAUUACAAGGAGCAAAAGAUGACAUAACCAUGCAAAUUUCUUUGAUUUGGAGUCAAAUCAAAGCACCAUUGAUAGUUCCAUUACUAAGAAUAUCAGUGUUUUUGUGUUUAAUAAUGUCGGUUAUGAUGUUUAUUGAAAGAGUUUAUAUGGGUGUUGUCAUUACUCUUGUGAAGCUAUUUGGAAGAAAACCUGAAAAACGUUACAAAUGGGAACCAAUUAAGGAUGAUAUUGAGUUAGGAAACUCUUGUUAUCCAAUGGUUGUUGUUCAAAUCCCCAUGUACAAUGAAAGAGAGGUUUAUCAAUUGUCAAUUGGAGCUGCAUGUGGUCUUUCAUGGCCUUCUGAUAGAAUCAUUAUACAAGUUCUUGAUGAUUCUACUGACCCAACAAUUAAGGAAUUGGUGCAACUAGAAUGCCAAAGAUGGGCAAGCAAAGGUGUGAAUAUAAAGUAUGAAGUUAGAGACAAUAGAAAUGGUUACAAAGCAGGGGCAUUAAAAGAAGGAAUGAAGCAUAGCUAUGUGAAGCAAUGUGAUUUUGUUGCAAUCUUUGAUGCUGAUUUUCAGCCAGAGCCUGAUUUCUUAUGGCGUACAGUGCCAUUUAUGGUGCAUAAUUCUGAACUUGGGCUUAUUCAAGCUCGAUGGAAAUUUGUGAAUGCUGAUGAAUGUAUGAUGACCAGAAUGCAAGAGAUGUCAUUAGAUUACCAUUUUACUGUGGAACAAGAAGUGGGCUCUUCCACUUACGCUUUCUUUGGCUUCAAUGGGACUGCGGGAGUUUGGAGAAUUGCAGCGCUGAAUGAGGCUGGUGGAUGGAAAGAUAGGACCACGGUUGAAGACAUGGACUUGGCUGUUCGAGCUAGUCUCAAAGGAUGGAAAUUCUUAUACUUGUCUAACUUGAAGGUUAAAAAUGAAUUGCCAAGUACUUUCAAGGCCUACCGUUACCAACAACAUCGUUGGUCUUGCGGACCAGCCAAUCUUUUCCGAAAAAUGGUCAUGGAGAUAAUUAGAAACAAGAAAGUGACCUUGUGGAAGAAGAUACAUGUCAUUUACAGCUUCUUCUUUGUUAGAAAAGUGAUAGCACACAUCAAUACAUUUGUGUUUUACUGCAUUGUACUACCGGCGACGGUUUUGGUACCUGAGGUUGCGGUCCCUAAAUGGGGAGCUGUUUAUAUCCCUUCGGUUAUCACACUUCUCAAUGCAGUUGGAACUCCAAGGUCACUCCAUUUACUUGUCUUUUGGAUUUUAUUUGAGAAUGUUAUGUCUCUACAUCGAGCGAAGGCUACUGUUGUUGGUCUACUUGAGACUAGUCGAGUGAAUGAAUGGGUUGUGACUGAGAAACUUGGAGAUGCUCUUAAGGUUAAAGCAGGCACUAAAGCGCUCAAGAAGCCUCGAUUCAGGAUUGAAGACAGAAUUCACUUGUUAGAACUUGGUGUUGGGAUGUACCUCUUCUUUAUUGGUUGGUACGAUGUUAUGUUCGGGAAAAACCACUACUUCAUCUUUCUCUUUAUCCAAGCAUUCGCCUUCUUCAUCAUGGCAUUUGGAUAUAUUGGAACAUUCGUUCCGAACUCCUAGAACGACUUGGCAUUUCUUCAUUCAACAAAAUCACCUUCCGUGGAUACAAUAUUAAACGCGUUGUAAUAUAUAGUGUUUUCAGCAUAGUUCUGGCAAAUUAUAGCGUGUUAGUUUAAAGGAAAAUAUUGUUAUUCUUUGAGGUUUUGCAUAAGGACUCUGGAAGAGUUUAGUUUUCUUGUGAAUAUUCAACAAAGACUUAUAUAUAAAGAAAUUAUAUAAAGUUCUUCUCAUAUAAGUGAAGUCUAUAGAACAAGAACACAACAAGAAUCUACUGACAUGGAUCUUCAUGGAAGCAAUAAUGUUUUAUUGGAUGGAUUGUUUAUAA